AUGCCCACACCAAUUGUCGACUCCCACAUUCACCUAUUCCCAGCCUCGCAUCUCCCAACAUUAGCCUGGCAUGGCCCAAACAACCCUCUUGGCUCGCAGCACUGCAUAGACGAAUACCGACACGCAACAUCAUCCGUCCCCACAAACCCAUCUGCACAGAAAUACCUACGCGGCUUCAUUUUCCUAGAAACAGACCGCAUAUCCUCUAUCGCGGAAGGAGACUCAGAGACUUCAGGAUGGAAGCACGCCUUAGAUGAAGUAUCCCUUCUUACGCGCAUCGCACUCGGCGAGCCCGUUCCAAGCGAAGGCCAUAAACCCAUUGAUCAAGAGCUUUGCCUUGGAAUUGUGCCUUGGGCACCAGUACCCGGUGGCGCAGAUGUGCUACAGAAGUACAUGAACCAAGUAAAAGAGCGCACAAAAACAGAUGAUGUGUGGCGCAAGGUAUGCGGAGUGAGAUAUCUUGUCCAAGAUAAAGCGGCUGGGGUAAUGCUUGAGGCAAAGUUUGUGGAUGCGUUACGAUGGCUUGGGACGCGGGAUCUUGCGUUUGACCUUGGAGUAGAUGCGAGGGGUGGUGGGUUACAUCAGCUGCGCGAGGCUGUUGGGAUGAUGGAUAUGGUAUAUCGAGGGUUGGAUGAGAUUGAACAAGUGACGAUUGUGAUUAAUCACCUUUGCAAGCCUAAUUUGCGGUUGGAUCCUGAGUCGGUCCCUACUCAUCCUGAGUAUCUUGAGUGGAAGGAGCUGAUUAUCUGUAUGGCGAAGGCGAGCAAUAAAACUUAUAUGAAGCUUUCUGGCGCUUUCUCUGAGCUCCCGCCACUAAGUGCGGAUGCUGAUGCAGAUAUCAAUUCACUUGUUGAGCGUUUGCAACCUUGGACAGACGUUGUCUUUGAUGCCUUUGGUGCGGAGCGCGUGAUGUUUGGUUCGGAUUGGCCGGUCUGCACUAUUGGUGGUGGUGGAAAGAAUGUUUCAUGGGAUAGGUGGAGAGAUGUAGUUGAAGGGAUCUUGGAAAAGCGAGGCCUGAAAGAUGAGAAAAAAAGGGGUAUCUGGGGACGUGUAGCUGCGAAAGCUUAUGGGAUUGCGAUCUAG